CCAAGAGGCUGCGGUUGGCCAUGGCCUCAGACUCCACCGUAAGCCUUUCUGACCUGCUCUGUUCCUGGGAGGAGGACCGAAAGUUGGUCCUACGUGGCUGGUCCCUCGUCUUCAUCUUCCUGGCAACUUUGUUGGUGUUCAGCGUGGUGGAUGGGCGGAUAGCCUACUUGCAAGGUCCGUACACGGGCUUCAUCGGCCUCUGGAUUGACUGCAGGAGGCAUAAGUGUGCCAACGUGGGCCAAUUCACUGUUUACAUUCACAUGAGCAAGGGCUUCAUAUUUCUGGCCCUGGCACUAUGCCUCAUCCUCCUGCCCACCAUGUUCCUCUCCUUCCGACCAGUCUGCCGCCGACUGAACAAGAUAGACUUCAUCUUCAGUUUCCUCAGCACUGGCAUCGUGCAGGGCUCCUGAUUCUCCUCAGCCUGACGCUCUUUGUCGUCAACUGCAAUAGGCUGCGCCCGAGGCCACAGGAACUUUGUCGUUCCUCAACCAAGUGCGGAUGUGGAACUACAGUACGCCUUUCAUGGAGCGGAGGCUCAGCUACUUUCGUUGGGCCUCGCGACACCACUCGUUGCAGUUGCAGCACUUGGAGCCCGCCCAGAAGCUGUCUGCUGCAAGCAGCUUUGUGAACUACCAUGGGGCUCCCCAACAGAGGGACGCCGCAACUUCUCAGGACACUGAUGAGUCCCCGCGGCCAGAUGCCUCUACCUCUGUCCCUGAGGCUCAGUUUCCAUCAGACCUCCCUUGAGGUCCCAUACUUCCCCUGAGAGCAGGUAGCACUCUCGGGCCACAAGUGGCAAGCCCCGCUCCCCGCGCUAGGGCCCACUCCUUGCUGCCUGAGUCUUGGCUGGGACCGUACUCUGGAAGUCCUCCAAUAUUCUCAGCUGUGGCUAUGUCCCUCUGAGCAGACACUGGUUUGUGGUCCCAAGCUGAGGGAGCAGUGUGGUCCUUUUCCCAAGCUGGGCGAUGCUCCGCCCCACAGGGCAUGCCCCUAAGCCACUCUUCAUCCUUUGGUCCAGCCCUACCAGAGACAUCCAGGGGCCCCAGGUGGACACUAUGCAGCCUAGCCUUGGGGGCAGUCCCUGCCCUUCUGUGGACAGAGCCCUCCCCAGGAAGUCAAGGCUUAAUUAAUGUAACACCCCUGCCC